CUCGGCCGCUCAGUCAAGUUUUAAGCUUCGUCGCGUUCGGUUGGGAAAAAGUUGUACCGCGUUUCCGCGUGGUUUUGAGUCCCGGUGUUGUUUUGGUUUAAUCUGAACACUCGUAACGCCUGCGCAUUUACCCGCAAAUAAAGUCGUCGUCGUUCGGUGUGCAAACUGUUUAAAUCAUUUGACAAAAACAAACAUAGUUGAGUGCGAAUAUCGACGACUACUUGUGCAAUACGUGGUGGAACACAAUUGGAUUUAUGGAUUCACGCUUGAGAACUGAUUAGAGAUCCACAAAUAACCGAACCACGUGUAACACGGUGCAAAUUGAUGAUAACAGCCCGUGCAAACAUUGUACAAGGCAACAAAAAUUCAAAGACCUCGCGGCACGCAGCUCCAACGAGAAGCUCAACAGUUGGCCAGAAGCAAAAGCCACAGAAACACUUUGUUGGCGCUUUGCUGGCUCAUUUCAUUUACCUGAUUUGUGGCGGCAUUACGUGUUUUCGAUUUGGGCUCUGGUUCGGUCUUGUCUGGUCUCUGGCCGCCAAAAAGAAAGUCACGACACGACAGUUCCCCCGGCUGUCUGAGCCAGCCAGAAACGAGAUUUCCAAGAUUCUCUGCAACGAAAGUCAAAGUUACUCCAAGUUUACUCCAAAUUCGGGUUUGCGUUUGAGUUUUGGGUUGGAGUUGGAGUUGGAGUUGGCCCCCCCGGUUCAACGUCUUUUCAGCGCUGUGUGCCACAUUUUGGAAAGUGAAAAUCGAGUGCAACGCGUGUCCAAAAUCUGAAGCUGAUUCCACAGCGGACGCUGCAGUUGAAAGUGAAUUCGAGUUGCAAGUGAUUUUCGGGUGCCUUUUGUUUUGCUGCUCCGGUUUGAUUCAUCAGCAGCCCAGUUAUUUAGCUACUUGGAGCCACCAACCACUUCACGUCGCAUUCAUUGAUCGAUAGCAACCGGCAAACCGGAGAACCAGCAACCACAAUGGAGGCCGAAGAAGUUACAAAACUUGUCGAUGGCGUUUAUCGGAAUAUACUCGACAGAUUCAAUCCGGGUGCCNGGGGCCGGGCGGAGGUCCGGGCAGGGAGAGGUGCCGCAACCGCCUCGCGUCUAUUCAAUGAAGCAUUGGCCAAGAUUGCAAUGAACGCCCAGCAGAGCGGAACGGGAGAUAUUGGUUCAGCUUUGAUGAGCGUUGUGAAUGUGAACAAGGAUAUACAGGAGCAGCAGAUGAAUAUUCUAAAAGCCUUCUACGUCGAUCUAUUGGUGCCAUUGGAGACUAAUCUGGAGAAGGACACCAAGGUGGUGCAGCACGAGCAGAAGAAGUUCAUGCAGCAGCACAAGGUGCGCAUGGACAGCUACCAGAAGGCCGUCACCACAAUGAAGAAGCAGCGCAAGAAGAAGGCCACGCCCGAGAACACCGAAAAGGAGCUGCGGAGCCUGCAGGUGCUGGAGGAUCAAAAGAAGAAGCUGGAUGUGUUCUGCGAUCAGAGCUAUAAGAAUGCCAUGACACAGGAGCGACGUCGCUAUGGGUUCGUCUUGGAGCGCCAGUGCUCGAUCGCCAAGCACUGGAUGGCCUAUCACACCACCGGGAAGACGGUAAUUGACAAUAAUUUUGAAAAUUGGCAAGAAAUUGCCGCUUCUCGUGAGAUCAUUCCGCCAGCAGCGUACGAGAGCGGCUACAGCAGCAGCAGCAACCACAACAACAAUGCGAACAUGAGGCGACUGGAGCGCAUCAAAGACGGAGACGAUGGGCAGGUACACAGCCAGCUGAAGAAAUCGCGCAGCAUCGACGCCCCCUAUGGGGAUAUGCGCACCCUGCACGAGCGUGAGAAUAUCGGCGGAGUGGGGUCAUCGCACUACGCACAGAACUCGCUGCCACGCGCCAAGUCGGACUUUAAUCUGGCACUCGUUGGCACUGGCCUGGGAUCGGGCAACAAUCACAAAAUCAUCGAGGAACAACUGGCGCCGCUGAGCGAUGAUCAGCGCGGGGAUCAGCGUCCCUUGGUCAAGGCUCUGUACGCGUACAUGCCCUCCGGGGAGAACCAGUUGUCGUUCGAGGAGGGCGAUCGCAUUGCAUUGGUCGGCGGCAAGGCCAAGGGCUGGCAAUUUGGCGAGAAUCUGCGCACCCAGCACUUUGGCUGGUUCCCGGUGGCCUACACAAAUGCAGUGGACACAGGGACCGGCUCCGAGGUGCUGCCAGCCACAGGACGUCGCUACGAGAAUAUGCACAUGGGCUACGGUGGAGUUGGAGCUGGAGCUGGAGCUGGUUCUGCUGUUGCUCUGCGCAGCUACCAUGACCAGAAGCAGCAGCAGCAGCAGCAGUACAUUCCGGAGGCGCAGCUGGAGCUAAUGGACAGCGAUGCCACGUACAGAAGGAGACGCAACCACAGUGCCGAGGAGUCCUCGCCCACGCGCAUGUUCGGCGACACGCUCAAGCAGCAAAAGAAAUACCGAGCCGGAUCUGCUGCGAAUCCACGUCCGGGUCCACCGCCCACACUGCCGGCACCAGUGCCCACCGGGCAGCAGAGCCAGUCCUCGAGGAUGCUGAACAGUUCGCAGAGUUUCUGCGCCACCAAUGGAGUGCCAGCCGCUGUCGAGAGACGCAAGCAGAAGCUGCUGAAUGGCGCACAGAGCUCCAUGAGCCAUCCGUCGGGCAAGUCGGGCAAGUCGGGCGUCGCAGCAAAGACCUCGCUACACAGCAGCAAUGACAGCGGCUUUGCCAAUGAGCCGCCACCACAGCCGGAGGUGGACUACUCCGAUGAGGAGACAGCCACGCAGCGUGUGCCCAUUCGCCGUCGAGCCGAUACCAACUCGCACACGAACACACACACGGUGCCCAGGGACGGCCUGGUGGCCUCGUGGACGCUGAAUCGGAACUUCCGCAACAGCGUGGACAGCCAGAUGGACGACAAGAGCAUGCAUCGGCUGAGCCGGCAGAAUGGGAUCGGAGCGGGCAAGAUGCGCUACGAUCUGAUUGCCUCGGAUGAUGAGAUACUGCAGGCAUCCAGUGCGGGCCUCAAGCGCACCAAGUCCUUCUGGAAGUUUGGAGGUGGACGCAGCGGCGAGGAUAUUCUGGCUGGAAUGUCGCUGUGGCAGCACCGGGAUCUGGUGGCAGCACCCAAUCUCGAGGAGAUGCGGGAUCGCGAUGAGCUGGAGCGACGCUCGGACGAGGAGCGCAACAUCAAUGUUGACAGAAAUGGAAAUGGAAAUGGCAAUGGAACGCUGACCAAAUCGCACAACUCCAGCUCCUCGCAGGAGAAGCGUGGACGCAAGGACAGCCUCACCAGCACGGAGCCAUACGGGGAGGAGGAUGAGAACAUUUAUGGCGUGAGUCAGCCUCCCCCUCCGCAACAGCAGCAACAGCAGCAGCAGCAGAGGAGCAGCUACACCCCCAAGUCACGCAUGAAGAUCAUGAAGACCAUCGAGAUUGACAUCGAGGAGCCCACGGAGGGUGAGCGGCUGAGCACCAUGCGCCGCGGACAAUCCCAGUCGCAGUCCCAGCAGCAGGCACAACCACAUCGUAAGUUGGACAAGCAGGGCUCCGGCGGCUCCUCCUCCACGCCACAGCACAAGACGCAGACUCUGAGUCGAUCCAAGCCCUCGCAGCAGCAGCAGCAGCAGCAGCAGUUUCCCCUCUCCACCGACGAGGGCGAGAGCGAUGAGCAUGGAACGCUGAAGCUGAGCGACGUGAACAACUUCUUCGACGACAUGCAGCAUGACGGAGGUGCCAGCAAGGCUGGACACGGACACGGACAUGGACAUGGACAUGGAAUGGUCAUGAAAACGGUGAAGCGACAGGACAUACUCAAGCAGUACUACACCAGCGAGGACGAUGAGUCGGACGCCGAGCUCAAGUCGACCAGCUCUGACCCCUACGACUGCAUCGUCAUCAACGACCAUUUGGUGCGCAAGGAUGACAAGCUGCGCCGGCAGCAUCAUCAGCAGCAGCAGCAGCAGAUGGAGUUCCACACCUUCCGCUCCUCUACGUCCACCACAGCGACCAACACGCUGAAGAAGUCCUCCUCCAAGGAACAGGACAGCACCCUGACCCGCAAUUCCACAGCAAAUGCAAGUGCACCCACGGCCACCAUUCUGCCGCGGACACGACUCCUCAAGUCGUCCGCCAACAGCCACAACCAGAGCCACAGCCAGAGCAACAAUCACAGCAGUGCCACGCUGGAGAGAAACUCAAAGACGCUGACAGGCAACAAGAGCUACGGGCCGUGGUAUGACUUCUGGGAUCAGGAGCAGCACGGCAUCACCGGUCAAAAGUCGGCAAGUGCCAAGCUAAAGUGAGGAUCGGGAACGAGACCAGAGCCAAGCUGGGAGAAUGAAGUUUCGCCGUUUUCUUACCGGUUAAGAAAAUGCGCAGAGAGAGAGAGCGUGAAAGGAAUGCCCCCAGGCAGACUCGUGCAGAUUCUUAGAUUUAUUUGAAUGCCACACGCCAGAGACCUUUCCACUGGCAGGGCGCAACUUUUUGUUUGUUUUAUUAUGUAAAUAUUUAAUCAUACCUAUUUUAAUUGUAAACUGUAACUAAGGAAACACCCUGUUCGCUUUCUGUGCAGCAGCAAAAACCCAAGCCUAGAGUGUUGGGGCUUCAUUCUCGGUCACAGCCACAGCCACAGCCACAGCCACAUAUUCGUACUCGUACCCAUUGAAUUUUGUUUUCGUUUAGAGUCUAAGCCCAAGCAUGCAUCAUGUUUCACUCUGUUAGUCGGUGCCCCCUCCGCUUUAGGCUAAUUCAAAAGUAAUGCGAAUGUCAUUUGCCUUUCUAGCAGGCGCGGUGUGUACCGCAACUUUUCAAUAGAUUACUGAAAGUCCAGCUAGCCCCAGCCCCCAGCCCCAGCCCCGAACCCCACACGUAUUAAGCGCUUGCAAGUCUCCUUCCCGCACCAGCCUGCCUCACAGUUUGCCACCGUCAAGCUGCGACACACGAAGACCAACGACCG